AUGGAGGUCUGCGCAAGAACACCCAUGAAAGUAAUGACGAAAGUUGCAAUUCCUCCUACAGAUGAUCAAGGAGAGAUUACAAGGUCAAUGAGGGACCUUCCACCGGCUCACUACACGUUUAAGAUCGAAAAUUUCUCCCUACUUUCAAAUACAAAGUUAGACAACGUCGAAUCAGGUGACUUUGAAGUUGACAGCUACAAAUGGAAAUUGUGUCUCCACCCUAAAGGAAACAAGAAAAGCAAUGGGGAUGGACACAUAUCUCUAUAUCUAGCAUUUUCCAAAUCGAAUGCUAUCCCUCUUGGCUGGGAGGUCAACGUGAACUUCAAAUUGUUUGUUUAUAACCAAAUCCAUGACAAGUACUUGACCAUCCAAGAUGCUGAUGGGAGGGUGAGACGGUUUCAUGGAAUGAAAACAGAAUUGGGUUUUGAUCAAUUAAUUCCACUGACUGUUUUCAAUGACGAGUCAAAGGGAUAUCUAAUUGAUGACUGUUGCAUAUUUGGAGCUGAGAUUUUCGUUAUUAAACAUACCGGCAAAGGGGGAUGCUUGUCCCUGAAGGAGGUGCCUGUCAGAAAAAACACUUUCUCCUACAGCUUUCAGAACUUUUCAGCACUAGACCAACAAUUUUACAAGUCCCAAGUUUUUACUAUUGGAGGGCACAAAUGGGCUUUGUUGGUUCACCCCAAAGGGAAUUUAACAGAGAAAUGCAAAAGCUUGUCGAUCUACUUAGCAUUGGAGGAUUGUGAAAGUAUUCCAUGUGGACGAACAAUUUAUGCAGAAUUCAUGCUGCGUGUGAAGGACCGACUUUUUGGAAACCACCUCGAAAAAGAAGCUAAUUGCCAUUUUUCUAAUUCAAUCAAGGAUUGGGGUCACUUAAACUUUAUGUCUCUGGAUGAAGUCCACAAUCUUGCAAAGGGAUUUCUAGUUAAUGAUACUUUGUGUGUUGAGGUACAGAUUCGUGUAAUAACAGAGGUCAAGGAAUUCUCCUGA